AUGAGUCGCAUCAAUUUUAAUGUAAUAAUUGAGUUAUAUUAUUAGAAUUUAAAUAUUUAGAAAAAUUCCUUCAAUGAUUAUACAGGAAGGUAUUAGCAAUACAAAAAGAAUUAUGCUGUCUUGAGAGCUUCAAAAUCUUUAAAUUCUGAAGAUUCUCCCUUGGUCUAAUUAUUAGACAAACAAAUCUUUUUUAAAGGCCAAUAUGA